GUAGAAAACAAGUUGUUUUAGCCAGAAAAGAAGUUAUACUAUCUGCUGGUUCUAUAAACACUCCCCAAAUCAUGAUGCUCCAAAAAAAGUUAUCUUAG